GAAAAAGAAAUUAAGAAGGCCAACAUCCCGAUACUCGACACAGGAGAGAACCCUGAAGUCCCUUUCCCAAGGGACAUGAUCGAUCUAGAGGCUACGUUUGAGAAGCUGGAGAAUGAGCUGAAGGAAAUAAACACAAACCAGGAGGCCCUAAAGAAGAACUUCCUGGAAUUGACUGAGCUCAAGCACAUUUUGCAUCGUACUCAGCAGUUUUUCAACGAGAUGGAAGAUCCCAGUUUGCUGGAAGAGUCGUCUAUCCUCCUGGAUCCCAAUGAGCCAACCAGAGUCGCUCCUCUCAGACUUGGAUUUGUCGCUGGAGUCAUUGGCAGGGAACGUAUUCCCACAUUUGAAAGGAUGUUGUGGCGAGUCUGCAGAGGCAACGUGUUCCUGCGGCAGGCGGAUAUCGAAGACCCUCUGGAGGACCCCUCUUCAGGGGACCAGGUCCACAAGUCUGUCUUCAUCAUAUUCUUCCAGGGAGACCAGCUGAAAAAUAGAGUCAAGAAAAUCUGUGAGGGGUUCAGAGCAACUUUAUACCCGUGUCCAGAAACGCCCCAGGAGAGGAAAGAGAUGCUGGCAGGAGUGAACGCUCGCAUUGACGACCUGCAAAUGGUUCUGAACCAGACUGAAGAUCAUAGGCAGAGGGUCCUGCAGGCUGCAGCCAAGACUGUCAGGGUGUGGUUCAUUAAGGUGAGGAAGAUGAAGGCCAUCUACCACACCCUCAACCUCUGCAACAUCGACGUCACGCAGAAAUGUCUGAUCGCCGAGGUGUGGUGCCCUGUGAGCGACAUGGACUCCAUCCAGUUUGCCCUGCGAAGGGGAACGGAGAAGAGCGGUUCCACUGUGCCUUCCAUCCUCAAUCGAAUGCAGUCCACACAGACCCCGCCCACAUACAACAAGACAAACAAGUUCACCUCGGGGUUCCAGAACAUCGUGGAUGCUUAUGGGAUUGGCAGCUACCGUGAAAUAAACCCAGCGCCAUACACCAUAAUUACCUUCCCCUUCCUGUUUGCUGUCAUGUUUGGUGACUUGGGCCACGGGACACUCAUGACCUGUGCCGCUCUGUACCUUGUGUUAAGAGAGAGCAGGCUGAUAGCGCAAAAGAACGACAACGAGAUAUUCAGCAUGGUGUUUGCAGGACGCUACAUCAUCCUGCUGAUGGGAAUAUUCUCCAUGUACACUGGCGUUAUUUACAACGACUGCUUCUCAAAGUCUCUCAACGUGUUUGGCUCUGGUUGGAGUGUCAGACCCAUGUUUAAAGGAGGCAACUGGACAACUGAAACUCUUGAAUCCAACACGGUCUUGCAGUUGGAUCCUGCAGUAGAAGGAGUGUUUGGAGGGCCAUACCCCUUUGGAAUUGAUCCUAUAUGGAGUAUCUCUACCAACAAGCUGACCUUUUUGAACUCCUUCAAGAUGAAGAUGUCCGUUAUCCUGGGAGUCAUCCACAUGCUCUUCGGAGUCACUCUAAGUCUCUUCAACCAUCUGUAUUUCAGAAAGCCGCUGAACGUCUACCUGGGGUUCAUCCCAGAGAUCGUCUUCAUGGCCAGUCUGUUCGGCUACUUGGCCAUCCUGAUCUUCUACAAGUGGGUGGCGUAUGACGCCCGCACCUCCAGGGACGCUCCCAGUCUCCUCAUCGCCUUCAUUAACAUGUUCCUCUUCAGCUACAAUGACCCCACCGCCAAACCUCUCUACAGGGGGCAGAUGGGUCUCCAAAUAUUAUUGGUGCUCCUCGCCUUAGCCUGCGUUCCCGUCAUGCUGAUCGUAAAAACUCUGGUUCUGCGGCGACAGCAUUUGUGGCAAAAACACCUGGGCACGCAGAACUUCGGGGGGAUCAGAGUCGGCAACGGUCCCACCGAGGACGAGGCGGGCAUCAUCCAGCACGACCAGCUGGCCCAGCAGUCCGAAGACGAGCCGGAGAGUUCCCUUUUGUUGCCUGCUUUCAAGGCCCGCGAGGAGGAAGAGUUUAUCUUUGCAGAUGUGGCUGUGCAUCAGGCCAUUCACACCAUCGAGUACUGCCUUGGCUGCAUCUCUAACACCGCGUCUUAUCUGAGGCUCUGGGCCCUCAGCCUCGCUCAUGCGCAGCUGUCAGAGGUGCUUUGGUCCAUGGUGAUGCGCAUCGGCCUGUCAUCUCGAAGCUUCGGGGGUUUCGUCCUCCUGGCCAUCGUCUUUUACUUCUUCGCCGUUCUCACGGUCGCCAUUCUUCUCGUCAUGGAAGGACUGUCGGCCUUUCUGCACGCACUGCGACUACACUGGGUGGAGUUCCAGAACAAGUUCUACGCCGGUCAGGGCUUCAAAUUCCUCCCCUUCACCUUUGAAAGCAUCUUAGAUGGACGAUUCGACGAAUGAAAUGACUUUCUAACCAGGUUCUCUGAAGUCUAGGUGUUGUUUAAAAGUGUUUGUUUUUGUCUUUGGAUGUGUGAUUAAGACUCCAUAUCACCACAGCAACUCUGGUAAUGGCUCAUGACUUGGUGAUCCUAUAGAAAUGUUAUUUUAUCCGUUUUAUUUCCUUUAUUAUUAUUUAUACCGUCUCUCUCUCUCUUUAUAAGAUGUGCAUUAAUGUCCUUUGUUGGAGUAAUCGUUAAACACCUGACGCUCCAGGUCUGCCGGUGUGUAGCUCUAGACGUCAUAGUCCUUGUGAAUCUCGUCUCCUCUGCUUGUCUUAGAUGAAUUAUAAGCAACACAGCUUCACGCUUCGUUGAACACGAAGCCACAUCCAUGUGACAGUAUUCACUGUGUGUGUGUGUUUUUUUUCUUGUUGGUGAACCUGAAAAUGAUGAAGACUCUUCAGAAGGGUUUGGUUUGCAACAAUCUGCUGCUUUUCAUUACACCCGUUUCUGUAACCUUAGAAGGGAUCAAAGCAGCAGGAAGAGCCGCUUGUCAGAGGUGGUUGACCUAACGCGUUAUUUGUUCGUGUCUUUGUCAAUAAACUGGGAAGAACUGCU